UGUACUCUCUGAUGCCUCGCUCCCUCUCAGCUGGUGCAGCGACCACACAUUCAGUCUCUCUUGCUUAUUGUUCGCUACUUUCAGUCAACUUUAUUCCAGCGUGUGGUGCGUUUUUGCGCAUCAGCGCUUCGGCGAGGUUUUGGGCAAACUUGCCGUGCUGCAAAAUGGACUAAAAGCGACCAAAAGCCAACACACAGAGUGGAUACUAGGGAGAAGAGUGUUUCUGUAGUGAGCAACCUUUCUGAGGGGUGAGUUUUACCACCAUGGAAGAGGACGACGGGCAUCACGAAAACGGUAUCCACACCGCCAAGGACUCGGACCGGCAGCAGCGCCUCAGACUGUGCGUUUUAAACGAAAUUCUGAACACCGAGAGGGAUUAUGUCCGGACGCUGCUUUUCCUUCAGUCGGCCUUUUUGCACAGAAUCAGACAAACUGCAGAUGACCAACAGUGUCUCUCACCUGAACAUGUGAAGAUUCUGUUUUCAAAUAUUGAGGACAUCCUGGAGCUGCACAAGGAGGUGUUGUCUGCCGUGGAGGCCAGUCUGCAGCCUGAACCCCAGCCUCAGCAUGCAUUGGGACAUGUGUUUCUCCAGUUUAGGGAGAGAUUUUCUGUAUACGGUGAGUACUGCAGUAACCACGAGAAGGCUUUGCGGCUACUGAUGGAGCUGAACAAGAACCCCACCACCAGGACCUUCCUACUGCACUGUAUGCUACUUGGAGGGAAGAAAAGCACAGACAUUCCCCUGGAGGGAUACCUUCUUACUCCCAUUCAGAGGAUUUGCAAGUACCCUCUGCUGCUGAAGGAACUGCUGAAGAGGACUCCUAAGAAGCACACAGAUUAUCCAGCGGUGGAGGAGGCUCUGCAGGUCAUGAAGGCUGUCUGCUCCAACAUCAAUGAGGCCAAGAGACAGAUGGAGAAGCUGGAGGCUCUAGAGCAGCUACAGUCCCACAUCGAGGGCUGGGAGGGAACAAACCUGACAGAUAUCUGCACAGAGCUCCUGCUUCAUGGAAAUCUUCUCAAAAUCUCAGCAGGCAACAUCCAGGAACGUGUUUUCUUCCUGUUUGAUAACCUUUUGGUUUACUGUAAAAGGAAGUCCAGGGUUUCUGGAAAGAAGUCUACCAAGAGGACCAAGUCUAUCAACGGGCCUCUCUAUGUGUUCAGGGGGCGAAUCAACACAGAGGUGAUGGAGGUGGAAAAUGUGGAAGAUGGAACAGCGGAUUAUCACAGCAACAAUUACACAGUGACUAAUGGCUGGAAGAUCCACAACACAGCUAAAAACAAGUGGUUUGUCUGCAUGGCCAAACAUGCAGAGGACAAGCAGAAGUGGCUGGAUGCCAUCUUAAGGGAACGAGAACAGAGAGAGAGUCUCAAACUGGGAAUGGAACGAGAUGCUUAUGUGAUGAUUGCAGAGAAGGGGGAGAAGCUCUACCACAUGAUGAUGACCAAGAGUCGACACCUGAUUAAGGAUAGGCGCCGGAAGCUCAGCAUUGUACCCAAGUGCUUCAUGGGGAAUGAGUUUGUGUCAUGGCUGAUGGCGAGUGGAGAGAUCUCUAAUUUCGACGAAGGGGUCAACCUGGGACAAGCCUUACUGGAAAAUGGCAUCAUUCACCAUGUAUCCGACAAGCACCAGUUCAAGAACGAGCAGGUGCUGUACCGCUUCCGCUAUGACGAUGGCACCUACAAGGCCCGCAGUGAGAUGGAGGACAUCAUGUCAAAGGGUGUCAGACUGUACUGCCGCCUUCACAGCCUCCACACGCCCGUCAUCAAGGACAGAGACCACCAUCUGAAAACCUUUAAAUCCGUGGUGCCUGCCAGCAAACUGGUGGACUGGCUACUCUCACAGGGAGACUGCUCGAACCGAGAGGAUGCUGUGACGCUGGGUGUGGGCCUCUGUAACAAUGGCUUCAUGCACCAUGUCUUGGAAAAGAGCGAGUUUAAAGACGAGUCCCAGUUCUUCCGUUUCUAUGCGGAUGAAGAAACAGAGGGAACCAGCUCCAAGAACAAGCAGCUCCAGCGAAAUGACUUCAAACUUAUUGAAAACGUGUUGGCCAAGUCCCUUGUGAUUCACCCUGAGGAGGAAGACUACGGCUUCGAGAUUGAGGAGAAAAACAAGGCCAUUGUGGUGAAAUCUAUCACCCGGGGCUCACAUGCUGAGAUGGCUGGCUUGCAGGUGGGCAGGAAGAUCUACACCAUCAAUGAGGACCUGCUGUUCCUCCGGCCAUUCUCAGAGGUUGAAACCAUGAUAGGCCAGGCCUUCUGCAUACGACGCUCGCUCCGACUGCUAGUCGCAACCAAGGCUAAAGAGAUUGUGAAGAUCCCUGACUACCCAGACAGCCUCUCCUUCAGACUCUGUGGCUCUGCUCCUCCUCAUGUCCACGCUGUCAGGAAAGGCUGGGAGGCGGCAGGGGCAGGUCUUCAACCUGGCCAAGUCAUCCUGAAGGUCAACGGCAACAACGUCAACCGCAGUGACUACCAAGAGGUCCUGGAGCACUUCAGCGCCCACCAUUCUCACCUGGAGCCUCCCCAAGCGUGUCACUGGGUGUAUCGAGCAUUUGAGGAUGUGGAGGAGCUACAAAGACAAAGGGGAACAGGCGAGAAGGAGGAGAGCCCUUUCAAGCCUUACCCAGUGGAGAACGGCUCUGACCACGAGGAGAACGGCACCAACGAAACAGACUACAGGCUGGGCAGACUUUCCCUCUCCGACGAUUUGCCUUUGGUAAGUCUGACGGUCGAUAAUGUCCACCUGGAGCACGGCGUUGUCUAUGAAUACGUGAGCACUGCUGGCAUCAAGAGCCAUGUCCUGGAGAAGAUGGUGGAGCCCAAAGGCUGCUUCAGCCUCACUGCUAAGAUCCUGGAGGCAUUUUCUGGUGAUGACAGCCUCUUUGUUCGUAACUGCAGCCAGCUCAUAUCCCAGAGCGACCGAGUAGUUACCAUGCCACAGUACGAGUUCAGACAGAUCUGUGACACCAAGCUGGAGAGUAUCAAACGGCGUAUCAGCAGUUAUCAGCAGUUUGCCCUGGAACUGAGAAACAAGGUGUGGCCCUCCUUCAGGCAGGCUGGUGUCCGCCCUCACCCUUUGGGCUGCAUGGACUUUGUUCCCACCAACUGCCACGUCAAUGUGAUGCAGGUCUCCUACCCCAAAAGUACUACCACUGCUGGCAGGACUUUCAGCAUCCGUUUUGGUCGCAAGAACUCCUUCUUUGGCCUGGACCCUGACCAGGCACAACUGAAUCCCAUGUCCCACACUCAGCACUGCAUGACCAGCAUGGGAGCUCCUUCCUGGAGCAGCUCCGGUCUGGACGAGAAUGAGGUGGACGGGGAGGUGACUCUGCAUGGAGGCGAGGGCUUGACAGACACUCGACGAAGUGGAGAAGGCGGCCUGAGUUUCCUGCUCAAACAGGAAGACACAGAGACACAGGACUCCUACAUUUACUUGUACAACCGCUUGGACUUUGCUGUGAGGGAAAUGAAGCAGUAUGUUGCUCAAAUAGAUGUCCUCUUGUCAUCCAUCACUGAGCCCACACAGCUUCAAGGGGAGGGUAGGGAACCUCCGGUCUAUGAGCCAAAUCAGCCACCUUCUCUGGCUCCCUGUGAGGAUGGCUGUGACCAGGACAAAGUGGAGCAAGGUGGCAUUAAAAAAGUCUGCUUUAAGGUGAACGAGGAGGACCAGGAGGACUCUGGCCAUGACACAAUGAGCUACAGGGAUUCCUACAGUGAAUGCAACAGCAACAGAGAUUCAGUCCUGUCCUACACCAGCGUGCGAAGUAACAGCUCUUACCUGGGCAGUGAUGAGAUGGGAUCAGGGGAUGAGCUGCCGUGCGACAUGAGGAUUCCCUCUGACAAACAGGACAAGCUGCAUGGCUGCCUCGAGCAUCUUUUCAACCAGGUUGACUCUAUCAACAACCUACUUAAAGGAUUGGUCAUGACCAAGGCUUGUGAGGAGACAAAGCACUUUUACUCUGACCACAACCAGCCAGAGUUUCGUCAAACAGAAGAUUGGACAGCUCGUUGUCGUUGCGUCAUUCACAAGAACAUCCAGGAGGACCCUUGGAACCUACCCAACUCUAUCAAGACCCUGGUGGAGAGUCUGCAGAGAUUUGUGGACGAUGGAAAGAACCAGCUUCUCUUGGCUCUACUCAAGUGCACAGACACAUCACUGCAGCUGCGACGGGAUGUGAUCUUCUGCCAGGCGGCAACGGGUGCUCUGUGCACGUUGGCUGAGCAGCUGUUGACGGCGUUGCGGUCACGGUUCAACAAUGCCGGAGAGUACCAGGAAGACAGCAAGGAGACAAGCCGCAAGUGGCUGGAGCAAAUAUCUGUCAUCGGUGUUUUGCUGCACUUCCAGUCCACAUUAGCUCCGCACGUAAAAGAAGAGCGGACCAUGCUGGAGGACACCAAGGCAGCCCUGUUGGACUUGGACAAAGUCACUGUGUUCUUCAGGCAACUGGAGGAUGAGUGUCUAGUCGCAAACACACCAGUGUCUUACCAGGUGGAGGGCAGCCGACAGGCCCUAAGGGUCACCCUGUACCUGGACAGCUGUCACUUCAGUGAGCUGCCUAGUCGGCUGAAAAAUGGAGGCAGCCUCAAGCUUCACACCGUCUUCUUCACCAGGGCUCUGGAGCGUCCCGAGGGAGUAUCCCAGCAGGACUACGCCGAAAUGGAGGACUUCCAGCAGCGCACCAAUGCUGUCUCACUAGAGAAGGUCAAGGCCUACUACCGCAGACUCAGAGCUUUCUAUUUGGAGAAGUCUAAUCUUCCCACAGACUCAAACUCCACAGCAAUGAAGAUAGACCAGAUACUGGGCCUUGAAGUUAGAGACCUUCGACCAAGCAUUUCAAAACUGCUGCGACCGCUCAACACAUUGGACGACCUCUGUCGACUAAUGCAGUCUUAUGUCAACGUGCGCCCCAGUCCCCAAGGCCACCCAUCAGGUGUGAGCGUGCUGUGUGUGUCCUCUGAGCUGUGUAACCGCCUGGGAGCCUGCCACAUCACCAUGUGUGGCACAGGCCUGCAGAGGUGUACCCUCAGUGUAACACUGGAGCAGGCUAUGAUCUUAGCCAGGAACCACGGACUCAUGCCACGCUGCAUCAUGCAGACCAUGGACAUCAUGCGCAAACAGGGGGCAAGAGUUGAACUCUCUGCAAAAAAUCUCAAAGUAAUGGACCAGAUGCCUCCAUCAGCUCCAAGGCUCUUCAGGCUGUGUUUGCCACCUACAGAUGGAGACCUCUAAGAAGACUGCCACUUCAGAGGACUCAUUAGAGAGACCAUGAAUGCAGAAGUGGAAGAUAUGAUGAAAGAUGACAGUAACAAAUGAGUCAUAGGUCUCUCAUUCCUAGAGACACCAAUGGAAUGACUCUUACCCCCUCACCACUGCUCCCAUCACACAGGGCUCAUUCCAGCAUGGAUAUCACAAGAGCUCUUUGUGCAACAUACAGACAAAAUGCAGACUGAUGCAACCUGAGGCUCAGGACUAGUCAUGUACUGUACCACCUAGAUACAAGCAUUGCUGUGUUGACUGCCUUUCACAAAGCUGACAUGAAUGACUGCUGCAAAAUGUUCAUAAGCAAAAGGGACGAGACCUCAUAAAGAUGAUGUCUGCAGUGAUUAUGCUCUUAAAUGGGCUUGUAUUAUUAACUGGAUUAACCAAACUACCUGUAGCUGACUGUCACCCUAAAUGCAGAUGUGAUCCAUUUUGCCUUGGACUGCAAACAUCAGACACCUGGCUCUUUCUGUGUCUGGGCUGGUGGUCCCCAGGGCUCAGUGUUGGUUGAAGUAGAGUUCAUGUAUGAUAGCUGAAAGACUAGAUGCAGAAAGUCAAGUAAUAGACAGAUAGAUGAAGGUAGGGUUUGAGGGACAGAUGAAAAGAUGGUUUGCGGGAGGGGUUGUUUUUUUCUUCAGCCUGUUGCAUGUGCUUAUUGUGCAAUUACUGUAGGUUUAGUGUAAGUACUGUAUUACUGCACUAUAUGAAGGAUAGCUAUUUAUUGUGUCCAGAAGGAGCGUUCUUAGCGCUUACUUAUACUUUAUCAGGUAUUACAGAAUCUAAAAGCAUUCCAGCCUGCGUAUUGAACAGUAUUUAAAGGACCAAUGGCAUGCCAUUUUAGAUAUAAUUGCGUGUGUAUUUCAAUUUAUUUAUGUGUAUGGAAUUCCAUUCCGUCAGGAAGUGUUACAUUAAUGUUCAGGGAGUGCAAGCCUAGCUAGGUAAUCACAAUCAGGACAGAGGAUGCGAAAACAAACUACACAAAGCUGGUUGUCAACAAGCAGCCAAGUCAACAGGUUUUAAUAUUGAAUCUCUGUUAAAUUGUUAAUAUAUUAAUUCAAAUGUAUUGGAAGGGUUUCCUCAGUUAACGAAAGUCACCAUUUGAUUUUUAAAUUGGCUUUUAUGUUGUCUUAAUCUGUUGUAUUUACUGUAGGUAUUAAAAGAAGCACAAUGAUUGGUCCAUCCAGUGUUAGCACAAUGUACUGUAAGCAGUUUGAUGUAAACAAAGGGAUUGUUCGAUGACUGAAAUGCAGUGAUAUUAAGUUACUGAAGAUUUUAUUUUCUUGUACAUACAGACUGUAACAAUGUCAGUGAAAGAUAGGAUAUGUAUCGAGGCAGCAGAGCAAUGCUAUAAAUUAAAUUGGAUUAUUUUUAUGGAAAUAAUAUAGUAUAUGAAACUUUUUGUAUUCGUGCAUUUGAAGAGAAGCUGCUUCUCUUUUCUAAGUGUAACUUCACUGACAAUUUGGGAUUUUUUUUUUUGUUUUAUUUUUUUUAUUGCUAUAAAUGUCAGUCAAGCAUUUGAAGAACGUCUCUGGACAUGCUGCAUUCAUUAAGCAGGCCUCUCUCUCCUUUUUAUUUAUUUAAAAUCAGGCUGGUUCCAAAUGAACAUGUUGGAACAACCAUGACAAAUUGAGUAGCAUGCACUGCAAAGUUCCACCCCUCACUUCAUACAUAGAACUCAUGGUUAUUUGCAUUAUCUCGAUUUCCCAUAUCAAACGUGCUCUUAACACGAGCAGUGUAAAUAAUAUCCUCUCCAAAUGCAGCAUUAGUUUCCACAUCCUGGUCUUAAGUGUGUGUGUUACCAGUGUAAUUCAGCUAAUGACUGCAGCAUGUAGCUGGACAAACUGAUUACACAUUUAUUAACAUUAUUCUAAUGUUUUAUUGCUGUAUAUAUUUGAUCUUCAAGUGAAAAUAACUGUACAAAGUUUUUUUUGUUCAAUCUUUCUAAAAUCAUAAUUUUGGAUGGAAUCUUAACAAGCUAGUGAAUAAAAUCUUCUCAUUAUGUCAA